AUGUCUGCGGUCCCCAAGGAGGGGCUGCUGCUGGUCCGAGGAUCUCGGGUCUCUCCGCUGCAGGCUGCUGGCGGCCCGAAGGCUCCGGGGAAGGAGCCGGCUCCCACGUUCCCGGUCAGCGCUGAGCAGAGGCAGCAGCUGCGAGAGGCCUUUGACACGUUCGACCCCGACGGCUCCGGCCUGAUAGAUGUCAAGGACCUGAAGCUAACGAUGAGAGCUCUGGGCUGCGAACUCAGAAAAGCGGAGAUGAAGAGAAUUAUCUCUGAAGUUGAUGAGAAUGGGUCAGGGAAGAUAAACUUUGAGUCAUUUCUGCGGGUGAUGACCCAGAAAAUGGCGGAGCCAUUUUCAAAAGAGGAGAUCCUGAAAGGUUUCAAGCUGUUUGAUUAUGAUGGCACCGGCAAGAUCUCUUUUGAGAAACUCAAGCUGGUGGCUAGUGAGGUUAAAGAAGACAUCACAGACGAGGAGCUGCAGGAGAUGAUUGAUGAAGCAGAUGUGGAUGGAGAUGGGGAAGUGGAUCCAGAAGAGUUUUUGCGGAUUCUGACAUUGUCUGACCUGUAACUACAUGAUUUUCUUUUUUUCUCCCAUUCAAUUGUAAACAACUGUUUGCAGUAUCACUUCUUUCCAGCUUUUGAAUUUUUUUGUGUGUUGCCUUUCUUGGGUGUGAAAACACACUGAGAUGUUUCAUUUUUGGUGUUGAUUCUGCUCCAUCACUGCAGGCAGUUUUCUAUAUCCCAGUAAACAGUUCUGUUGCUAGCUCUGUGUCUGUGUGGGUUAAUUCUAAAGGUUGAGAUUAAUUCAAAUUCAUUAGCCUUCCCCUAGAGUUCUCUCUAUUGUAACUGCAUCCCAUGGCUUUUCAGCCUGAUAAAGUUAGUCAAAACACUCUUAAUCUCAGAAAAUAUAAAUUUCAAACAUUAGUAUUUAUGAUAAAAACUUCUGUACCUUUCCUGAUUCUCUGGUAUUAUGUAAAAGACAAGAGUUUGAG